CUUUCGCAUACAACAGCAGCAUGGACGCACCGCCAGCUGCCGCCUCGCUCAUGCGCCCACCACCGCCUCCGCCCAACGCCCGGGCGGCGGGCAUUCGACCAGCUCCGGUCAUGACAAAGGCGAAAAGCAUACGGGGCCUGCGCGGCGAGUCCAAGAUGCUCUCCGACUGCAUCCGCGACACGAACCAGCUGGACGACAUUUUGACCAAGACCGUGACAAAGUCGCUUCUCUUUCGACUGCUGCACGACGACACGAGCAGCAAUAUGUCGUGGUUUCAUCGCGAAGCGAUUCAAGCUGAGAAGAAGAAGCUGUUGCAGCACCCCGUCAUGCGUGUCAUCGUGCUUCUUAAGUGGCGGACGUUUGGCUUUCGCAUGUACUGCGAACACCUCUUUAUGUACUGGCUGCUCCUCUUCACGAUGAUCCUCUCGCUCUCGAUGGGCCUUGGCGUCGUCCCCGAGUCGACCUACCACGAGCUCCUCAUCGGCUGGCUCACAACGUGCUCGUUCCUCAUCAUUGUGGCCUUUGCGACGCGCUUUGUGGCGUGGGAGACCAAGUUGAUCUGUGCCUGCGCUGCGAUCGCGGUGCUUGGGUGCACCAUGGGCGUCCUCCAGUAUGCGUACGAGCCGCUUCGAAAGCGGCUCAGCUGGGAGAUGUUUGGCCGCAUCAACAACCUCCUUGUCGGGCUCUCGGCGCUCUACUUUUGCGCGAUCGAGCUCCGCGAGCUUGCGGCCGACGUGGACAAUGAAGAUUUGCGCAAGGAGAUGGGCCUCCUGAAAUGGCACGGCGUGCACAUCCCGCGCCAUAUGUGUUUCGCGGUGUGGGACGUGCUCCGUGGCCACAAGCCGACGCCGUACCUAGAGUCGUACUGGAAUCGCAUCCAGCUCCCGACCUUCUUCUUCGUCCUCGUCUACGUCUUUUGCGAGUUUACGGCACCAUUCUCGGACAGCAUGCGCGUCUACGCUGGCAUUCCGGCUGUCUUGUUGCUUUGGAUCAUGGGUCUACAGUACCUCGAGGUCUUUGGCUCGAUCGCGUAUCUCCUUCCGAUGAUGCGGCGCAUGAUUGCCGAUGGGUACAGCUUUUUGGUCUUCUACUGGUCGAUCCAGUGCGGCUACACGUGUGCUUACUACCUCCUCUUCAAGAGCCAAGGCGAGAACGACGCGUUCGCACCGUACAACUCACUCCCCGAAAGCUUCAUCACGGCGUACCUCGUGACGUUUACGCAGAUCAAUCUCGAACCGUUCCAGGCGUUGACGUCGCCGGCGGCGUAUGUCCUUGGGUACACACUUCUGCUGACGCACGCAACGAUCGUCAUCGUCAUGCUCCUCAACGCACUCAUUGCGAUAAUGAACAAGACCAUGGGCGCGUACGUGGAGGAAGCCAAGCUCGAGGCAACCGUGACCUUUUCUGAGUGCGUCUUGCGCAUGGAGAAGGCCAAGACGUUCGGCACAAAGCCCCAAGACUAUGUUGCCGUCGUGGGCAAACGUCACAUCUUCUUUUACAACGCCUUAGAAGAGACGCUGCGCCAGCUCCGCCACGAAAAGAACAAAGACAAGGUCGUGCUCGACGCGAUCAAGGCCUACAACAGCGCGGUGCACUCGUUUCAACCGUUCGUCUAA